ACCGCUUGUAGUUGCUUAGCGACCUGAAUCCAGCGGCAGCAGAGAGCACCUAGCAUCGUGAGGAUUGCUUAUGUGCAGCCUGUGAAAGAGCAGCAGACCUCUGCAACCCCCGUCACUGAGAUAAUCAAGACUCGGGUUACACUCCUCCAUCAGAUGGCGUUCUGCCUGGCUGAGCUGCACUUGUGGUCCACCAAGAGCUCACUCCAAGUCAAAGAUACAGAUAUUGGCACCUAUCAGUACUACGAUAAAGGAGAGCCAGCCAAUCCCCUGGAGCAUCACUACUACAAUGAGAAACUCCAAUUCUGUGAGGCUCGAGGCUAUUCGUGGACCCCCAGGAACCGCCGACCGGAGAAGCUACGCGAUUCGUUGAAGGAGUUGGAGGAACUGUUGCAGACCAACACCUGCGUUCACACCAGAUGGAGGAACAAGCAUUGCUGCCAGCUGAUGCUGAGCAGUGGAGUACUGGUGACGCUGAAUCUAAAUGGACCUCAACUCGAACAAGUGUGUGUUGACCGAACAUUAGUGGGCCGACUACCAGCCAACACCGUGACUGAUGCGGUGCUGAGCGAUCGGCUGUUCCUGCUGGCCUUCCUGGAGCAGAGCCAAGUGGCUGCAGUCUACCUCAACAAAAAGAACCAGGACUCCCCAGAGACUGGCAGGCGAACAGACAAACUCUCACCCUCUGAAAUCAAGGUGACCUGUGUGGAGGUGACUGGGCGGGGACGCAGGCUCCUCAGACGUGUGGCUCUCAACCGUCUCCAGGAUGUGGCGCUGUGCUGGUGGAACCUGGACGAGCCCGGAGAGGGGCUGUGGCCCUGGACUCCUACCAACACGCACAGGAACAACCUGGUCCUGCUCAGCUGCUCGCCUGCUGAAGGCCUCAAGGUCCUUAGCUCCAUCCGAACUGAAAGCAAUCCCCUGGACUGCUGCUUCAGCCGGCUCCAGCCCUACCAGCUGCUAACAGUGGAGCUACCCACAGGACCCCAAGGAUCCACAGAGGGGCCCUGGGCUGACGCUUGCGUGUACGAAUGUGCACGAGGGCGCAUGCACCGCCUGUCUGUCACCCGGAUCCCGCUGCCUUCCCAUCCUGUUUCCUGCUCACGUCACCCCUGUGAGACCACACUCCUCCUGGGCUUAAGCGACUCCUCCCUGGUCUUGUACGACCAGCGACGGGGGGUCUCUAUACUGGCCUCUUGCCCUGUGCCAGCCACCCUCCUCGCCUGGCAUCCUGCUGGGGCCGUGGUCAUGGUAGGGGGAGGGCACGGGGAGCUGAUGUGCUUUGAUGUGGGCUUGGCACCUGUAAGAAUGGCGCUGGUAGCGGAAGAGGUUGCUUCGGCCGCCACGCUAAAACUAGCUGAGCACCUGCGCUGCUCUGGAGGCCUGGAGGGACUACAGUGGGGGACAGGUCUGGAAGGAGGCCCAGAGGGGACAGAUACACUGAUGCUGGCCUUUCAUGGGGGACCACUAGCAGCCUUGAGAUUCCGACUAGGGGCUGUGACGGGGGGCCAGAUGGGUCCAGGGGAGCUUCUGCAGCAGUGGCUACGUUGUGGUCAGGUCAGAGAGGCGCUGGGCGUCCUGGAGGCCAUGGACUGGAGCACCAUGGGAGACGAGUGCUUCCGAGGCCUGAGCUCAGUCACCAACCACCUGCUGAGGCUGGAGCUGAACGCAGAGAGAGAAGCCCAACUAGAAGCAGCACUGGGUGUGUUUUACGCCCCACCUGCCCCUCUGUCUGACACGGUGAUACUAGAGUACAAGGAGGCGAUCCUGAAGUACGCCCGCCGCUUUUUUCACCACCUCCUCAGACACCAGCGCUUUGAGAAGGCCUUCCUCCUCGCUGUAGAUUUAGACGCCAGAGACUUGUUCAUGGACCUCCAUUAUGUUUCCAGCGAUAAGGGCGAGGUGGUGUUAGCGGAUGUGGCCAAGACGAAAGCGAAUGAAAUCGAGGCCCAGGCCAUCGCAGGCAACGACCCUCUGAGAGGCAGAAACGGUGUGUAUGGUUCCAGCAUCGGGGACAGACAAACAGAGAGGAACCAGAGUGCCACAGGACCUUCACACCCAAACACUCCCACAACACAUGCUGAUGGAAGAGCCAAUCAGAGGAGGCCGCAGGCUGAGAACAUCCGUGUGACCGUGAACCCAGAUGUCUUCAGGUCACUGAGGCAAACAGGAAUCAGCGAAGGUGACAGAGACGACAGGAAUGACGAUGAAGACCCCGGGAUGCUCCGUGUGGUCCAUUUAGGAAUGGUUUGAAAAGACUAAAUCUUCACCAAUAACAGGCUCAUUUUGUCUAUAUUUUUAUAAACAAAGCAGUUACUUAAACUUGUAUCAUUGUACAGAACAGCAGAUGACUGAUGAAUCACACAUGAGAAUUAUUAAUAAAUUACUUUUGUAUUGAAAAACAGAA